AUGCAUCUCGGCAGUGAUCUCCGAGUGGUGGCGGAUGUCACUAGCGGCAAUUCGUCUUCAGAGUUUGGAUGGGUGGUGAUCUUCCUCCUAAGAGCAGAACAUGAGUAUGACUCGAAGCAGGGUAGAGUUUUUUUCUCUCUUACCAUUUGCAUUCCAAAGAGCGCGAUUCAACGGAAGGGUCUGGAAUUCGCUCCACCAUCCAGGAUCAAGGUGAGCAACGCGAUCCUCGACAUGUACGCGCGAUGCGGCAGCGUGGACGACGCCAGGGCCGUGUUUGAUCGCAUGGCAUCCAGGACGAACAUCUCGUGGACGUCGAUGGUGGCGGCGUAUGCCCAGAACGGGCAUCCCAGCUUGGCGUUGGAGAUCUCCCGGGAGAUGGACCAGGUGGGUAUGAGCAAGAACGCCAUCACCUUCAUCACAAUUCUCUCGGCGUGCAACCACGGGGGAUUGCUGGAGGAGGGGAUUCGCUUCCUUGCGGGCAUGAGGCGCGAUCACGGCGUGUUGCCCAGGAACGCUCACUACAGCUGCGUGAUCGAUCUGCUGGGCAAGGCUGGGAGACUGGAAGAGGCCGAGAGCAUGAUCGCUGGGCUGGUUGAGAGGCCAGAUGCUGGUUUGUGGAGGUCACUCCUUGGGAGUUGCAGGAUUCAUGGAGAUGAAGUGAGAGCCGGGCGAGCUGGGGAGGAGCUCAAGAAGCUGGAGCCAUCUGAUGCUGCCCCAUACGUUGUGAAAAAACUGUUUCGUCUUGAGACAUAG